AAACUUAAAGAAGUCGUUAUACAAAAAUAAAACUGCGGUAGACUUGCAAGUUAAUAAACUGGUUUUGAUGCGGUUUCUGUACAUGACACAUGGCAAAACAUGAUUGGCUCCAGGAACGAUUUUAUCUAACAAGCAAGAUAGAGAUGAGAUUAGGAGACAAGGAGCAAUGUCGAUUUCUUCGUUGGGGUCUGCAAUCUCAAGGCCAACUUCUUCAUCAUCUUCAUAUACGUACUUAGUAAGCUGUUCUCGCAUCUUUGGCCUCGCUACCUCUUCUUUGUUAUGGACAAAGAACAAACCUCACCACACAAACACAAAGCUUAAGCAGCAAAAGCCAUGUGUUAGAAAUUCAGCUCAAGAGAUUCCACAGACACUUGAGGAAGACUCCAAGUUUGUACCUUUAGAUCCUCAAGAUCCUCGAUUCGGCCCUCCAGUUUUGCUGUUGCUUGGCCUUCAACUUCAUGAAGCACAAAAGAUACAGGAGCUUCUGAAGGAACUUGAUGGCGAAUUCAUGGAGAUUGUUUUCUGUACAGAAGAUAUGAUCCCACGCUCGUUAUGGGAAGCAGUUAACACAAAACAGCCUGACCUGAACAGAGUGAAUGUCGCGAAGUCGCUGCCUCGGAUCUGCUUUUUAUCUGGUUUGACAGGAGAGGAGAUGAUGAUGUUCAUUGAUGCAUUUCCAGAAACUGGGCUGGAACCAGUUGUGUUUGCAGCUAUGGUUCCGAACAGUGCUGAUAAACCUAUCUUUGAGUUAAUUGAAGAAAUCAUGGGAGAUCAUGAGUUAUUGACCGGGAGCGGUUCCAGCUGAAAUUUUUGAGUGAGGAAGACAGCAGGACAGCUUUAAAAGUCUUCAGGUUUCUGCAACAUGACUCUAAAAAGUUUUUUUGCAUUACCCAAAGUAUAUUGUACAAGAGUGUAGUCUUCAAAUGAGAUGCACAAGAAUGCAAUCAUCAAAUUAUGAACCGACACAAGUUCCCUUAUCCUAGUGAAAAGGUCACUUGGACAAAUAUCCAGAGUCAUCAAACAAAUCUAAAAUGAAGACAAAACCAGCUCAAUAUGUUUUUCUCU